AUGGCAAACCAUCUGUUGAGAGAAAAGAAGACCACUGCCAAGAAACUUCCACCAAUUGUAUUCUCAAGUUUGAAGAAGGAUAGCCUAAAGUUAUGGCGGAAGGUCAAGGAUGUAAGACCAGCAAUGGAUCAAACAGAUUCAGACAAUCUGGAAAAUUUAGAACGAAGAUCUGCAAAAAGAAGUAUAGCGUCUGGUGUAUCACGGAAGCCGAACAUUAUGAAGAUGAGGAUGGAAGUCGAUAAGCUGUGGGAGUCAAGUCAGCUGCUCAUGAAAAAAGAGGGAGACUUGAAGGAAGAUGACAUAGAAAAGUUGAGGAGGAUUAUCAAGGAAGCUGUGGAUAUGAGUAGCCGUAUCAGAGUUCUAAUCCGAGAGAAAGACACUUACACAGAUGAAGAUGUUGUUAGCCAUGCCAAGGACAUAAACAAUCUGCAGCUUUUCCUACACAAUGUUGUAGAGAUAUGGACAAAAGUCGACGACUACCUAAAAGAAAAGUACUCACAAAAGGUUAUGGCCGAGAUGAUGGAACUGGCUACAGAUGUAACUUCUGUCUAUGGAGAAGUCAUGUCAAUCUUUCUUCAAAGAUUUGGACUGGAUAUUGUACCAUUACUCCGCCCUGUGCACGGGUUGUUCUACAGUAUCAGCAUCCACUGUCGCUACCACUGUCCUGACCUGGCCGAGGACGACGUCAAUGAGAUGAAAUCUCUAUACAGCAGCUUCCUGGCGGCCAUGCUCAACUUCAUGAAGAGCACCAAAGUCCUUCUCAAACGACUGAGAUUUGAUACAGACGUUAUAGCUCAGAGACGACGUCUGGUACAGUCUAAUAUAUCAGCCAUUAUUGAAGUGAUGCAUUCUAUGAUCAAAGAUGGUCGCAUGUGUUCAGCUGCCGAGUAUGUAGACACAAUAGAACGUAUAGGGAGCCUGUGUACGGAUAUUUUCUUUGUCGUCGGAAAAACUUCUGGGAUAGCCGAGCAGCUUGAAUUAGGCGAAGGCGUGAUAGCCCUGGAACCAGCCGAGGUAUUAGGAGAGAUCUGUCAUUCUGACGUCAUGAGAUGCCCUAUAGAACAAAGACCUGUUGUACUGAAGAAUCUAGAGUUGGAUGACGGGUCUUCGUUUAUUACAGACGUGUUUGUACAAACUGGUAGCACAUUUAAUCCAACCCAAAAGGUAACAAUGCGCAUGCCUUUUUCGGGAGCAGCAUUUCCGCCAGGGGCGGUAAUUAAGGUGAAACUAAAGAUUGGAGAUGAAUGGUAUGACACACCUGGUAUAAUCGUGGAAGAAAUGAUCGAGUUCAAGACAAAAUAUAUGCAAGCUUUUGUUGCGACUAUAGAGUACAUGGCUUUAAUGAAGGAGCUAACACCAGCUGGAUACUGCUAUAUUUGUCCGGAAGAUGACAGAGUUCGUCUAAACUUCCCAGAUGAUUGUGUUUCCAAAUUAACAUCUUUAGCAUUUAAGUUAAUCCAAAUAAACAGAGACAGAAUGUUUGAUUACAAAGAGCAGUGUCCAAACCUUUGUCGGAAUAUUUUAGCAAUAUCGGAUAUUAUCAAAGUUUACCAUGAUGAAAGUGUAGUAUUUAUGAAGCCCAUCAUGGUUCAUUUACCUAUUCCCAAUGACAUCGAUGAUCCAGAGUCAGAAAUCGUCAUAUUCCAGUCACGUGACGAUGGGGAGCUCGAGCUUAUACCAAAACGAACGGCAAUGCUUUGUCCAUCUACACAGAACUGCUACACUUUUCAAGUGCAGAGUUUUAGCGGGAUCGCAAUAGGGAAAGUGAAAAAGAAGAAUUUAAGGAAAAACCGUGCAGCGGUGAUUGAAGAGUACGAACUGUAUGUAGAAGAUGCCUUCAUUUGUAAUAUCCUUACAUUUCUUGACAAGAGCUUGCUGCAUGUGGGUUUGGUCAAGGUUUUUGUUGAGGUAGUGGAGAGAAGAUUCGCGAAGAAGGCGUUGAGACGACGGUCAAAGGAGGGGCUUUUUGAGGUCCCUGGUAGUCGUUCACCGAGUAUUCGCCUGAAAAAUGAGGAUAUAAUUUGUAUAGAGAUGGAAGGCAAUAUACAGAGGAUGAAAGAAAUCCCACUUCAAAAUUAUUUCAUAGUUUUCCUGAGUAGUGCUAGAGACAACUACAGAACGUUUUCUGUAGAACCAAGGAAAGAUCCUGAAAACAGAGCUUACGGUUUACUAAAUUAUUACCAAGACAGCGAGGAAGACCAACCAUUCUUGCACAGCGCUCAUAUAGAUGCUAACAAAUAUAUGAUUGGACAUCUAGACAGAGCAAAGAGCACUCCAAACACUGCAAGAGGUCAAGGGGUGAUGACACCAAGGUCAUUGGGUGGCUCGUGGACCUCUAGACCCGCAACAAGAUCAGCUAGAGAAUCUGUCAAAUACAGAGCAGUCUUCGAUGAAGUUCCUGUGUUGAGUCAUCAGAGCAUCCUGUCAUUGUGCAGCUACCUGAAGAUAGAGACCGUGCAGAACGUGGCUUAUGAGCUUGGUGUUCCGUAUGACGAUGUCAUGGAGGCGAAAUGUUCAGGAGAACCACCAGUCAUGAUCAACUACAAUAUUUUGUGGAAAUGGCGAGGUAACAAGCCUGCUAGAGAGAAAGUUCAACACCUCAUCAAUGCAUUCAGAAUAUGUGGCUACUCCCAUAUCGGAGAAAAAAUAAUGAAUGCUGGGAACCAGAAAAGAGCACUCACAAAAGAAGAGUUUAAAUAGGAACAUUUUUUUGGGAAAUACAUGACUACAUUUAUACUAUCAUAAGUGGCUGCUUACAUAUUGUGGAAACAUGUUGAAUGUUUGUAAGUUGGGAACCAAAAAAGGACACUCACAAAAGACGAGUAAGAAUAUGUGCACUAGAAACUGAAGAUAAUGUGCACGCAGAAUCAAUAUGAUUUGAAUACUUUAUCAAAUUUUGCAAAUGCAGUAAAAUACAUAUUGAUUGUGCAUGUAUUUUGUACUACCAUUUUGUUUCUCAUUUCUCUUAAACAGAUAUAUCAGUAAGAUAAUAGGAGAAAUUUCAAUUUUUUUUACUUGAUAUCUAAUUUAGAUCAUAUUAACACUUUUGGUUAAACGAAAAUGAAUGUGGUUAUAUAAUAACCUACGACACUGUGCUAUGGUAUCUUACCGAGGGGAUCUAAGUGCUUCUAUAUACAAAUACACUUUUUCGCUCCUCUUUCAUGGACAUGGACGUGUGAUUAUAGCCUACAAUAUAUUGCUGUUGUGUUUUCGUUAUCAGUUCAAUCUAAGCGUAUUCCAUUGAGACCAUAGAUUAUAUAACAUUUCAUAUUAUUUGUUACAAUAUUUGUAACAGAUAUUGUUCUCCUUGGUCGCAAUGUGCUUCUACAGUUCUUAGUAAAUGGGUGUUUGUUGUAUAGCCUUAAAACUAAGGGGGUCCUUAAAACUAAAUAUAUAGCUUACAAAAACUACUGUCCGAGAAUGCAUGCUUAGAAAC